AUGCCUCCGCGUCAUCAGACCCUGCCCUCGGCCCAAAUGUCGGCCGCCCGCGAAGCCAAACGCGCCUUCUACUGCGACCUCUGCUCUAAGGGCUACAGCCGCAUGAACGAUUAUGAAGCCCACCUCAGCUCCUAUGAUCAUUCGCACAAGCAGCGCCUGCGCGACAUGAAGGCCAUGGUACGCGAUCCUGCCGCAUCUAGUCGCGCUCGUAAGGCAGAGGCCAAAGCCGAUGGGCUCGUCAGCAUCAAGCUCGCUAGUCAAGAUGGCGCCUCGGGCGGACAGCAACAAGGUGGUAGCAGCGGCGGCUUCAAGAAGGGAGGUUUCAAAAAGAGCGGCUUCAAGAGCGCCUUUUCCCCGGCGGGGAUUGACCAACAACAUGCUGCUGCCGUCCAAAAGACGCCCGACGCCGCUCCGUCCAAGCUGUCGCUAGUUGCGAGCACAACAAACGACGAGAGCGACACAGAAGACGAAGGCUACGAAGUCUACGAUCCGCGAUUCCCAACCGACUAA